AUGGCCAACAUCUUGAUCCACCGGUUCGACAAGGCACAGGACAGUAGGAUGCUGUCUCCCGGAGAGUGGUGGUUGAGGAUAACGCUCAAACAAACAGUUUUGGGGCUAUCGUCUUUGGAAAGAACAAUGGCUAGGCAGAGAUCGAGGGUGCGAUGGAUCAAGGAAGGUGAUGCCAAUACACGCCUAUUCCAUGCGGUGGCGAAUGGCAGGAGAGCUCGAAACUUUAUACCCAGCAUCAAGCACAAUGAGGAGCACAUCACGGAUCAGAGUAAAAUUCAGGACGUGUUUGACGAGGCAUACAGAGGACUGCUGGGACAGAUCCAGAACAGGGAAUGUGAUCUCGAUUUAGAGGCCCUAGGUCUGCCAGAUAUGUCUAAACAUCUACAAGACUUGGGCAACAUCUUCUCUGAAGAGGAGGUCUGGCAGGUGAUCAAGGAAUUGCCGGCGGACAGAGCGCCUGGCCCUGACGGCUUCGUCGGAGCUUUCUAUCAUCAAGCUUGGGGAACGAUCAAGUUUGGGAUUAUGGAUGCAAUUCUCAAGCUCUUUGUGGGAGAUGGGCGUGCUUUUGGUAAGCUUAACAGAGCUCUGAUAACAUUGAUUCCUAAGAAACCGGAUGCACGGGAGGUGGGUGAUUUUCGACCCAUAAGCUUGGUGCACAGCUUCGCGAAGCUCUUCUCGAAGCUUAUGUCAAAUCACCUAAGGCCAAAACUGGCGAUGUUGGUUAGCUGCAAUCAGUCAGCAUUCAUCAAAGGUCGGAAUCUGCACGACAAUUUCAUCCUAGUUCGCCAACUCGCCAGAAAAAUCUAUAGCCGUAAGGAGGUUGGAGUGUUACUAAAGCUAGAUAUUUCCCGUGCUUUUGAUUCCUUUUCCUGGGGCUUUCUUUUGGAAAUCAUGAGAAGAAUGGGCUUCCCAGAUAUCUGGAUUAGAUGGACGGCUAUUGCUCUUCGAACAGCCAGUACCAAGGUUAUGGUCAAUGGGAGCCCGGGGAGGAAGAUUGCACAUGCUAAGGGCUUGCGCCAAAAAGACCCUCUGUCUCCCCAGUUGUUUGUGCUCGCUAUGGAGGUUGUGACAGUUCUUUUCAGAAGGGCAGCUGAUCAUGGACUCCUCUCGCCGUUGGGGAGCUGCACUCAGGUCCAGAGGCUUUCCAUCUUUGCUGACGAUGUGGUUAUUUUCGUGAAGCCUACCAUGCAGGACUUGGUGACAGUUCGAGAGCUCCUAAGGGUUUUUGGAGAGGCGUCAGGGUUGCGCGUGAAGUACAACAAGACAGCUGCAACACUCAUUCGUGGAGGGGAAGCUGAGCAGCACUUGGUGACAGAAGUGCUGCAUUGUCAGUUAUCUGAGUUUCCAAUCAAGUAUCUUGGGCUGCAAUUAGCACUUCGGCCGCUAACAAAAGCACAAUGGAUGCCAAUGCUUGAGGCAGCCCUAAAAAUUGUGCUAGCAUGGCAGCGUGGCUUAAUUAACAAGCAGGGCAGGCUGGUCCUUGUUCAGGCAGUUAUGUCAGCGCGACCUAUUCAUCAUCUUCUGGUCAUGGAUGCUCUUGUUUGGGUUUUCGAAGAACUCGACAGAAGGUUUAGGGGAUUCCUGUGGGCUGCCAAGGAGCGUGCCAAUGGAGGACAAUGCCUAGUGGCAUGGGAACAAGUUUGCAAGCCCAAGGAAUUUGGGGGGCUGAGUAUCAGGAACCUACGAUUGCAUGGAUUGGCACUUAGGCUGAGGUGGGAGUGGCUUAGGCGCGUCGACCCCAACAGGUCCUGGCAUGGCUUGCCAAUGAUCAAGGACGACAAGGCUCGGGCCGCCUUUGAUAGCCUGAUUCGUAUUGAGGUUGGAGACGGAAAGCAGGUCUUGUUUUGGGUUGAUCGAUGGAUCCAGGGGAGAACUGCAGCUGAUAUUGCCCCUGGCAUCACGAUGUAUGUGCUACAGCGAGCACGCAACGCAAGGACUGUGGAGCAAGUCAUGCACAACAACAUGUGGAUGCUGGAUAUUCAAGGGGGAGCAUCAGAUUCGUCCUGGACGAAGCAAUCUGGCAUUGCAAGGCUGCACCUAAGAGCAAGCUCUUUUGCUGGUAGGCAGCUCGGCACAGGAUCUGGACAUCUGAUCGAGGAGGAUACGGCCGAGCACAUCCUUAUGCAAUGUGUUUGCGCCCGGGAAGUAUGGCACUACUGUCAGCAGGAGCUCAAAGUUCAGUUUGAAAUCCCAACGCUUGACAGUACCCUCCAAGACUGGUGGAUGAGGGAGCGAGCAAGAUUCAGAGACAAGAACAGAAAAUGGUUCGAUGGUCUGGUCUGCACGUCGCUGGGCUCGGAGAUCAGCAGCUUCACGGGGACUUGCAUCCGCGACGAGCGCAGAGGCAGAGCCCGGACCAACACCGGCAACCGGAGGAGGCUAGCGGCCAGUGCGCCGAAUACUGGUAUCACGACUCACGAGAGACAGAGGAGUGCGGGCCAGCGGCUGCCGCUAGUCACACAUGUUAAUUACUGGGAUUCCUGCGGCGGCCCUCCUAACUAUGCGGGCCUGUGCGGCAGAACGCGGGACUCCCGCAGGCAGUCCCACUUGCACCCUGAGGCGGACCUGCUCCCGUUUCUCCGUGCCGCCCCCGUCAAGUACCGCUUCGCCAAACACCGCGCCGCCGCUCUACAGGGUUCCGUCGCGGAGGGCGGCUACGCGCGCGCCUGCGCCUCCGACGACCGCGAGCACCGCCGCCGCGGCAAGUCGUUCCCCGUGCAGGCGUUGUCGGCGCUGCAGUUCGAGGAGCACGCGGGGGCGGCAUCGAAGAGCCACAACGACCGCAUCUUCCUCCUCCCCGACGGCAAAUCGCUCCACCGCCUCUUCCACGAGCUCAGGGACGUGCCCGCCGAGGCCGCCGGGGUGCCGAUGACGGUGCCCGCCGCGCCCCCGGCCAGCGCCGAAUCGGACAUGCUUCUUCAGGCCAGCGACGUGACGGUGGAGCAGCAGGCCCCUUCGGACGCCGCGGCGCAGGAGGCUCACACCGAGGACAUGCUCACCGAGGAGGAGAAGGCCGGCUUGUCCCUCCUCGACCUCUGCGGACGUAAUCCAGAGUCGGAUCCUAUGGGUGGCAUUCAAUGGCCUUCUCAGAUCCACCACGGCUUGAGUUUGAUAGACGCUGCGCAGCAGAUUGAGAAUGCGGCCCGUGGCGACCAUGAGAUGCCUGAUGUGGUCGACGUAAGGAUUACGGGUGAAGAGCAGCACAGGGACAAUGACUUGUCCACAGCCACUCAAGUCCAAGUGCAAGUCAUGGAAGCCAAGCGAGAAAGUCGGCCAGCGCGAGUGAAGCAAACAAAGCAUCGGCCAGAGCGAGUGUUGAAGAAGAAGUAUCGGCAAGUGGCAGAUACCAAGUUGGCAGAAACCAAGUAUAAGCCAGAUAGUUUACUUAGGGAGGUCAGAGGGUUGCUAUUCACCGGCCUUCUUGAAGGUUUCAGAGUGACCUACAGGAGGGAUGGGGUGGAGAUGCCUGGACGAAUAAACGGACAGGGAUAUUCCUGUGGUUGCUCACGAUGUGGUUACAGUACUAUAUUGAAUGCUUGUGAGUUUGAGAAGCAUGCUCGCAAGUCUACAAACAACCAAAACGAUCACAUUUUCUUGGAGACUGGAGUUUCUCUCUAUAGGUUGAUACAGCCACUUAAAUAUCAAAGACUCGACUUGCUUGGGGACUUGAUUGAAGAACAGACUGGUCUCCCUCCAAAUAUGAUUGAAUAUGAAAAGUGGAAAGCUUCUUUUCAAGUGGAAGUGGAAUAUAAUGAUUCAGGUGCUGCAGCUUCAGAUUCUUGUUCAACUCAACGUUCACAGGAGUCUCCGGCAGGACUGACAACUCAUGUAACUAGAGCCACUACUUCGACAAGUGCCUUGAAAAUUUUUACUAGCGAUCCCAUCCCAAACCUGGACUGGAGUGCAUUCAGGAGGCCGCGUUGGCAGUAUAAACAAGGAAGCAGUAAAACUUCAGCUCCAACCCUGAGUAGACGUCCUGGGAAAGAAACUUUCGGUCUAUCUACAAGAACUUCGAUGGAGACUGACGCUGAAGAAACUCCUGGCAAAAACGCCUUAGGUCCACUCAGUUCUGAGGUUAUAAAGCCCAAUUUCAGGAGGCCACGGUGGCAGUAUAAACGAGGAAGCACUGAAUCUUCAGCUCCAACCUUGAGCAGAAGCCCUGAGAAAGGAACUUCAGAUCUAUCUACAGGAAUUUCAAUGAAAAGUGACACUGAAGAAACUCCUAGCAAGAAAACCGCAGGUCUACUCAGUUGUGAGGUUAUGAAGCCCAAUUUUGCUGCACCUGCUGCAGUAAUAUCACCGGCUUUACCAAGUCCAGUUUCAGUCGUUCAAGAGCCACCCUCAGAUCACAGUGUGGAGCCAAAGGCAAAAGAGUCACGGACAUCAAAAGUGAGGGAUAACACUUUGCACCCGCUGGUCUUCAAGGAGGGUGGCCUUCCAGAAUUUACUUUAUUGACGUAUAAGUUGAAGCACGGAGAGGUUCUAAAGCAAGGCUAUAAACGGGGUUCAUGCAUAGUCUGUGAUUGCUGCAAUGAAGAGCUUACUCCUUCACAAUUUGAAGACCAUGCUGGAAUGGGGAAAAGACGACAACCGUAUCGUAACAUUUAUACUCUAGAAGGAUUGACACUUCAUGAGCUGGCACUAAAAUUGCAAGACAGUCUAAAUUCAAAUGGAGUCAGCAGCGUUGAUUUCUCCGACAUUGAUGACCCCCCUAACCUUGCUUCUUCAGGUUGUAGCAAAGAACGUUCCACCACCAGCAGACCUAUUAUUGUUCCACUCAAACGGACAUUACAAGAAAUAAUUGUUAUAGAGAGCUGCCAUUUGUGUGGUGAUGCCUUUACGACAGUUGGAAAAAUCAGUGAAGACAUGAUCAUCUUCUGUAACCAGUGCGAGAGACCGUGCCAUGUUAAAUGCUACAAUAAUGGGCUUCAAGAAAAGAAGGCACCUCUGAAUGUUUUGGGAGAAUAUAUGAAGUUUCACUUCUGCUGCUGUAGAAAAUGCCAGUUACUUCAUGCUUCUUUGCACCAACUGCUGAACAACCGUGAAAAGAUCAGGCAUCAAAGGUCCAAUGUUUGUUGGCACCUUUUAAGUGGAAUGAAUCUGAGGCGCGAUGUGCAGCAUUACAUGAAUCAGAUUAUCGGAAUCUUCAAAGUUGCAUUUCCUGAAACAGAUGGCCAUGAGAGUGAGGUCAUCCAAGAUAUGGUUACUGCCACGGGUUUAAGCAGCGGAAAGAAGGAUUUUAGAGGAGUGUAUUGUGCAGUGUUGACCACAAGCAGUAAACUGGUUUUGUCAGCUGCAAUUCUGAAAGUGCACACGGAAGAAGUUGCAGAACUUGUCCUUGUUGCUACACAUGCUGAGUACAGGAAUAAGGGCUACUUCAGACUUCUCCUAAGGCAAAUUGAGGCACAUCUGACAGCCCUGAAUGUUCGACUUCUCACGGCUCCUGUUGAUCCUGAAAUGGCCUCAAUCUGGUCGAAGAAGCUUGGCUUCACCGUUUCAACGGACGAAGAGAAGGAGUCACUGCUGGAGAAACACCCUCUGGUGAUGUUUCAGGACCUGAUAUUGAUGCAGAAACCACUUGCUAGCAAGCAGCCUGAUCCCGUGGUUUCAACAACCCAAGUUAUAAUUACAGAGCCGGGUGAUCCCGUGGUUUCAACAAACCAAGUUACAGUUACAGAGCCAAGUGAUCCCGUGGUUUCAACAAACCAAGUUACAAUUACAGAGCUGAGCGAUCCCAUGGUUUCAACAAACCAAGUUACAAUCACAGAGCUGAGUGCAGAGUUUUCAUAGUUUACACCGCCAGACGGGUGAUUAGAAGCUCAACCUUUGUAGAGAUCUCUAGUGCAGUAGCUUAUAGGUUAAUUAUGCGCCCAUCGCAUCGGCCGAGUGGGUGCAACAUGCCGCGCAUGUGCUUGAUAUCUCUUGCCGCACGUGUCAAGUUUAGAUGUGAUGGCAGAUGCUCUUGCCCGAGCGGUCUCAGGUGCAUAACUUAUGGUCUGUAAACUCAGUUCAGUUUAGCAGAUUGUGUAGCUGAUGUCAAUAUCCGUUGCAAUUGCACGUGUACUAGUCGUGUUGGUGUAAAUUUUGCA